CUUCCUCCCGGCGUCCCCUGCGACGGGAAAGUGCUCAGAGGGCUCGAGCCGCCGACCCUACCAGUUUUCGUCGCUGCCACUGGUGCUCCCUUCUUCGCAGUCCAGAGAAGAGCUGUAGCGGCCGCCCCUCCUGGCCGCCAUGUCCGCCCAGGCGCAGAUGCGUGCCCUGUUGGACCAGCUCAUGGGCACAGCUCGGGACGGAGACGAAACCAGACAGAGGGUCAAGUUUACAGAUGACCGUGUUUGCAAGAGUCACCUUCUGGACUGCUGCCCCCAUGACAUCCUUGCUGGCACGCGCAUGGAUUUAGGAGAAUGUACCAAAAUCCACGACUUGGCCCUCCGAGCAGAUUAUGAGAUUGCAAGUAAAGAAAGAGACCUGUUUUUUGAAUUGGAUGCGAUGGAUCACUUGGAGUCCUUUAUUGCAGAGUGUGAUCGGAGAACUGAGCUUGCCAAGAAGCGACUGGCAGAAACACAGGAGGAAAUCAGUGCAGAAGUUUCUGCAAAGGCAGAAAAAGUACAUGAGUUGAAUGAAGAAAUAGGAAAACUACUUGCAAAAGCUGAGCAACUAGGAGCUGAAGGAAAUGUUGAUGAAUCUCAGAAGAUUCUUAUGGAAGUGGAGAAAGUUCGUGCAAAGAAAAAAGAAGCCGAGGAAGAAUAUAGAAAUUCUAUGCCGGCAUCCAGUUUUCAGCAGCAAAAACUGCGUGUCUGUGAGGUCUGCUCAGCCUACCUUGGUCUUCAUGACAAUGACCGCCGUCUGGCAGACCACUUUGGGGGCAAGUUACACUUGGGGUUCAUUCAGAUCCGAGAGAAGCUUGAUCAGUUAAGGAAAACUGUGGCUGAAAAGCAGGAGAAGAGAAAUCAGGAUCGCCUGAGGAGAAGAGAGGAGAGAGAGCGGGAGGAGUGGCUGAGUAGGAGGUCUGGAUCAAGAACCAGAGAUCGCAGGAGGUCGCGCUCCCGAGAUCGUCGUCGGAGGCGAUCAAGAUCUACCUCCCGAGAGCGACGGAAGUCUUCCCGUUCCCGUUCCCGAGACAGAGAUAGACACCGGCGCCACCGCAGCCGUUCCCGGAGCCACAGCCGGGGACACCGCCGGCCUUCCAGGGACCAGAGUGCAAAAUACAAGUUCUCCAGAGAGCGCAUGUCGAGAGAGGAGUCCUGGGAGUACGGGCGCAGUGAGCGAGGGUCCACUGACUGGAGGCUGGAGAGCUCCAAUGGGAAGGCCACUUCAAGGAAGUCAGAGGAGAAGGAGGCCGGCGAGAUCUGAGCCCCUGUCCUGGCACUGGAACAGCGUAUGUAUGCCACAGAAGGUUCGGGACAGUGAGCUGAGGAAUCCAUAUGCCACCUCCUCUAUCAUCUGAUGGAUGACAGCUGAGGACAGGACCCCUUUGGUCUGCAGUAUCAAAUGUCCCCAGCUUUGUGUGGUAGUACCAAGUUAAUGCAGCCUUCUGGGUCACCAUUCAACCAGUGAGAGAUGCUCCUCCCUCUUCACUUUGCAAGGACAGUUCUGUGGGGCCUUUGUUCCCUUCUCAAGCAGUCCUGUUCAAAUGGAGCUCCUAGCCUCCAGGGCUGUCUUGACUUUGUCCUUCAGUGGCUUUUCCUUCCUCCCAUUCCUCAUCCCCAGAUCAGCCACCUGUAUCAAGUCUCAGUUUGCUGCAGGCAACCCACGUUUGAACCUUCUCAUCCAGUGUGGUCCUUUCCAUAGCAGUGCCUGCAAGUCUGAAAGGAGUUGUUUGGGUCUGAGAGGUGCAUCCCUGCUCUGUGAAGAAAUCUGCAUGUUACAGGGUCUCCCCACUCAGGAGGCACCACUUUCCGUCUAGCCUGGGCUGAGGCAGACCAGAGGGUCAUCCUAGAAUAUGCUCUGCUCACACUGUGGGAAGAAUUCCACAUACCAUUGGUAGUGUUUUUAGAAAAGCAAGAUAGUAGCUGUGCUUGGUAGGUGGUGUUGACUCUUGAGCUUGCUGGGCAAGGGUGAGCCUGGAUCUACAUUUGCUUUCUGUACAAAAGUCCCUUUGGGGUUGGGCAGUAAGCAGGAGUUGGGAAGCCCUGGGGGGGUUAAGGGAUGUCCUGGGAGGUAGAGGCAAAGAGCACUAAAGCUGAGGUCACAUGUUUCCUGACCCUACUGGGGGCACUCUGACAUGUCCUGCAGGUGCUGGGCUGUGAGGGGCAGUGCUGCAGAAGGGACUCCUGCCUCAGCCUCCCAUCUCUUGGUGGGGGGUGUUUUUUUAAAAAACGAAUUAUUAUAAUGAGAUAUACUUUUUUUUUUUUUUUUUUUUGGGAUGGGGUUUCACUGUGUUCCCUAGGCUGGACUCUUAGGCUCAAGCAACCCUCCUGAAUACUGGAACUACACAAAUGCCACCAUGCCCAGCUCCCACCCCCUAUCUGUGUAUUAGAGUUAAGUAAAACAGACCCAAUAGGACAUAUGGAUACAUAGAGAUUUAUUAUGAGGGAUUGGCUGUGGCCAUCACAGGAUGAGUCCCAGGAUCUGCUGUCUCCAAACUGAGGCCUAGGAAAGCCAGUGGUGGUCCAGUCCAAACCCAAAGGCCCAAGAAUCAUGGCAGGAGAUGGUCAUCCCAGCUCAUGCAGAAAACAGAUUGGUCUUCCACUUUUUCUGGUUUUGCUCCCAGUGGAUGGAUGAUUAUACCUAGCCACUUUGGGCAGGGUGGUCUUUACUCAUUCUGCCAAUUCUAGUGCCAAUCUCUUCUGGAAACUUCAGACAUCACUAUAAAUAAUGGCUUUGCAAGCUACCUGGGCAUCCCUUAGGUCAGUCAGGUUGAUAGAACCAUCAUAUACUCCCUAAUUUUUUUUCUCUUCAUGUAGUCUGCUCUGUCUACUUUUUCCUGUCAUUUUAGGGAUACCAUUUCUUUCUCUUUUUUUGGUGGGGGGUGGGGGUGGGGGGUUUGUUGUUUGGUUUGGGGCUUUUUUUUUUCUGGUACUCAGAAUCGAACUCAGGACCUUGCACUUGCAAGGCAGGCGUGGUGCCACUGAGCUAAAAUCCCUGGCCCUGAUUUUGAUUUUUUUGAGACAUGGUCUCGCUGUAUAGUUCAGGCUGGCCUCGAACUCACAAUGUAGCUUAGCCUUGCCUCAAACUUAGAGCAAUCCUCCUGCCUUGGCCUCCUUAGCGCUGGAAUUACAGGUGUGUGCCACAAUGCUCAGCUUUAACAAAAUUAUCUUGCCAGGGAUUUAGCUCAGUGACACCACAACUGCCUCGCAAGCACAAGGUCCUGAGUUCAAUCCCCGGUACCGAGAAAAAAAAAAAUCUUUAAUAAAAGACUGGAAGGACCUGAAACCCA